UCCUUCUGUUGAAUUUUAAACAAAAGUUUCAAUGGAAAAAUAAUAUAGGGUUUUAGAACCCAAUAGUAAAAACUUUAAAUCUGACAAGGAAGACAAGAAGAUAAUCACAACGUCCGCCUGUCAAAAGGUGUGCUUGAUUUAAUUGUGUAUGGUGGAUAUAAUAACUGGGUUAAAAUUGUGUAAAAACUUGGGUGAAAUUGAUGGAUGUUUUUUGUAUAAAGUAAAAUUUAUGGAAAUUGCAAUAAUCAAUUAUUUCAUGAUUGAUAAAUGAUGAUUUGUAAAAAAUAGUUGUUGCAUGGAUAUGCAAUUUGUGAGAGGGUUAAUGCCAACUCAUCUAACUAAAAUUAUUAAAAGCUGUAUAUGAUACACCCAAGACGUAUAUUUAAUUUUUUUUUUUUUUUGAUAAAAUACAUCAUCAAGUGUUAAUUGUUCAUUAACAACGUGUAAUGAGUUAAUUAAGUGUUUGAGAGAAAAGAAAUUUGCCGACAUGACAAGCUCAAUCGUUGGAGGUGGUCAAGAAUCUGUGACAAAAUUUUUCGAAAUUCUUCAAUCAGAUCUAAAGAUACUUGCUGGUGAAACUAAAAAGAAAUAUCCACAAAUUAAAGAGUCAUGCGAGGAGGGAAUCGCGAAACUAAGAUCCGCAUCUGGAAAUCCAGGAAGCCAAAUAUAUUACGUGGUGAAUCAAAUUUUAUUUCCUUUGGUUCAAGGCUGUGAGAGUAAAGAUGUGAAAAUUAUCAAGUUUUGCUUAGGAGUAAUGCAAAGAUUAAUUACUCAACAAGCAGUUGAUCAAAAGGGUGCACGUUACAUCACAGAUACACUAUGGAUGUUGAUGGAAGCUGGAACAGAAGAAGUAAAAGUCCUACAAACAGUUACAUUGUUACUCACGAGUAAUACACUCGUUCAUGGAGAGACGCUUUCAAGGAAUCUUGUCUUAUGUUUUCGAUUGCAUUUCACUAAAGAUUCGACAACAAUAAAUACAGCAGGAGCAACUGUGAGACAAUUAGUGUCAUUAGUAUUUGAACGUGUGGUGGCGGAAGAUGAAGAAAAUUCUGAACAGCGUUCAAUUGAAGAAAUUAAUUUAGAAGAAUUGAAAUCACCAACGAAUCAACCGCCAAAAGGCCUUGGACCAUGUGCUGCCGAUGCUUUUUUAAUGUUUCAGGAUUUAGUCCAAUUGGUGAAUGCAGAUCAACCUUAUUGGUUGACAGGAAUCACAGAAAUGACACGUACUUUUGGUUUGGAAUUAUUGGAAUCUGUUUUAAUAAAUUUCUCCUCUGUAUUUUUCAAGCAUCCUGAAUUUAGUUUUCUUCUGAAAGAGAGAGUCUGUGCAUUGGUUAUUAAAUUAUUUUCACCAAAUAUUAAAUACAGAAAUUCGGUACCGGCUUCAAUUCAACAAGCAACACCUCUUGAUAAACCUUAUUUUCCAAUUAGCAUGAGAUUGUUGCGUGUUGUUUCUAUUUUAAUACAGAAAUAUCAUUCCUUGUUGGUGACAGAAUGUGAAAUAUUUCUUUCGUUAAUUGUAAAAUUUUUGGAUCCAGACAAACCAGUUUGGCAACGUGCUUUAGCAUUAGAAGUUUUACACAAAAUGACCGUACAAUCUGAUUUAUUGACAAGCUUUUGUAAUUGUUAUGAUCUUAAACCACAUGCAACUAAUAUAUUUCAAGAUAUUGUUAAUAGUCUAGGAGCUUAUGUACAUAGUCUUUUUGUGAAUCCACACAUGAUUGGCUCAGCUAGCAUGGGCUCAUCAACACCUGCUGUGCAAUCAACUGCACCAGCACUUUUAGCAGGUAUGCCAAUUGGUCCUGGUGUCUCUCCUCAACCUGGAUUUUAUUCCAGAGGAAUAUGGUUACCAGUAGUUGUCACAUUUCCAAGUGGACAAGCAAAAUCUACAUAUCUUGAUAUGUUGGAUAAAAUUGAACCACCACAGAUACCAGAUGGUUAUGGGAUCAGCAUUGCAUACGCUUGUUUGUUAGAUAUAAUUCGCUCAAUAGCUUUAGCGAUUAUUGGUUCAAGAGAGGAAAAUACAGAACAUCGAUAUAAUCCUACAGAAGCUGAGAAGAAGCUUCACGUUCAAUUAAUUAAUUCAAGCUGGUGUGGUCUGUUGGCGGCUCUCAGUCCUUUAAUAGAUGCUAGCACUGAUGAAUCGGCAACAGAAAAUGUUCUAAAAGAAAUACAAACAUUUGCUUCAUUAUGUGGUUUACUCGAUUUACAUACACCUCGUGACGCUUUUAUAACAGCAAUUUGUAAAGCUUCAUUACCUCCACAUUAUGCUCUCACUGUUUUAUAUAGUGCACCGCAAGGAAUUCCGAGUGCACGACCACAAGAUUCUGUACAAUAUAAUCCUGCAUCAAUGGGAGAUUCUGAUUAUCGACAGCAAGUUGUUGCUGUUGGAACUCCUUUACCUACAGCAUCAUUGCCAAUUGGCGCUCAACAAGGACCAGUUAUGUUGACAGUGAAAAAUCUUCAAUGUAUGCGAGCUUUACUUUUAUUGGCACAUUGUCAUGGCAGUAUUUUGGGCACCGCUUGGCAUUUAGUGCUGACAACACUUCAACAUCUUGCUUGGAUUUUAGGAUUAAAACCAUCGACCGGCGGUUCAUUAAAGGCAGGAAAAACUGCUGCUGAUUCAAAUGCAAUGUUGACAACAGCUGUUAUGGCUGAUUUGCCGGUUCUCAGCGCAAUGCUCAGUAGAUUGUUUGAGAGUAGUCAACAUCUUGAUGAUGUUGCUCUUCAUCAUUUAAUUGAUGCUUUAUGUAAACUCAGCCAUGAAGCCAUGGAAUUGGCUUAUUCGAACAGAGAGCCGUCAUUGUUCGCUGUGGCAAAACUUUUGGAAACUGGACUUGUAAAUUUACCACGAGUUGAAGUUUUGUGGCGACCAUUGACUAAUCAUUUACUCGAAGUUUGUCAACAUCCUCAUAUUCGUAUGAGAGAAUGGGGAGUCGAAGCUAUUACUUAUCUUGUGAAAGCUGCUCUUCAACAUAAAUAUCCUCAACCACUUCGCGAUAAUCAGAAAUUGCAAGUUUUACUUUUGGGACCUUUAUCCGAAUUGUCGUCGGUUCGUCACGCCGACGUAAGACAACGGCAAUUAGAAUGUGUUUUACAAGUUCUUCACGGUGCAGGAGAAACUUUGUAUCAUGGUUGGCCUUUGGUACUUGGAAUAAUUGGCGCCGUUUCCGAUCAUCAUGGGGAAAAUUUAGUUCGUAUAGCUUUCCAGUGUCUUCAAUUGGUAGUCACGGAUUUCUUACCAGUAAUGCCAUGGCGUUGCCUUCCAUUGUGUGUCGACACUGCAGCUAGAUUUGGAUCUCAAACACAAGAAUUAAAUAUUUCCCUAACUGCCGUUGGAUUAAUGUGGAAUAUUAGUGAUUAUUUCUAUCAAAAUCAAGAGAAGCUCUGCGUUUCAUUGCGAGGAGAUUUGGCAAAUGUGUUUCCUGAUUUUCCUGGAACAACGAAUAUGCCAGCCUUUGAUAAGCUGUGGAUGUGUCUUUACGCGAGAUUAGGUGAUCUUUGCGUGGAUUCGAGACCGGCUGUUCGAAAAUCUGCUAGUCAAACAUUAUUUUCAACAAUCUCAGCACACGGUGGACUUUUGCAUCAACCAACAUGGCAAGCUGUACUCUGGCAGGUAUUGUUUCCACUUUUGGAUAAAGUCAGAUGUCUAUCGAGUUCAGCGAGUAACGAGAAAGUUGAUAGUGGUGGUAAUAUUCUUAUUCAUCAUAGCAGAAAUACAGCGCAAAAACAAUGGGCAGAAACUCAGGUUUUAACUUUGAGUGGUGUUGCUCGUGUUUUUAACACAAAACGACAAUUAUUACAAAUGCUCGGUGAUUUUCCACGUGCAUGGUCUCUUCUUCUUGAAUUUAUUGAAAAUUCCGCUCUCAGUAAAAACAACGAGGUUUCUCUGGCGGCUUUAAAAUCGUUUCAAGAAAUUUUGUAUCUACCAAAAAAUGCGGACAAUAAUGAUCCAGUUCAUUCGGAAGAUUCAGAGGCAUUGUGGUUGGUUGCCUGGCGUGUUUGGUUGAGUAUUGGAACUGAAAGUACGAGUCCACCUCAGGAAAAUGAAGUUGAACUUUAUGUUCCCUCGCAAGCUUUUCUCACUGCUUUAGUUCAAAUAUUUCCAGCAGUGUUUCAACAUAUUAAAAAUAAAUAUACCAGCAAUGAUUUGCAGAAAUUGUGUUCAGUACUAAAAAAUGCAAUUGCUGUUCCUGUUCAUGGAGAAUCGACACCCUAUAUUUUACCUACAAUACCAGAUGCUAUUCUCACUCAGCUUCAAGAUGGAAUUUUACACUCGAUGGAACUUUUACAGAAGGAAGCACUUACUGGUCCUGAGAAUUUAAAGACAAUGAUUGGUCCAAUUUUCCUGCAACUUUUAUAUUUCUUAAAAUUAGCCUGCGAAGCGCCAACUUAUGGAAAAGUGACAACAAAAAAUAUUUCUCAAGUGAGAGGAGUAUCUUCGGACUGGGUGACAAUGAACUAUGUGCCUUUUGGAGAAAAAGCCUUAUCAAUGGUAGUUAAUUUAUAUCAAAAAACUGCACACGAAUCACCAGUGAUUGAAGGACAAAUUUUACGACACAUCAUUGAAGCCAUACAUUUGCCAUUGUCAAUGAAAUAUAAAUGUCCAUCGCAAACAACAUGGAAAUUGGCAAUUACAAAUCUUUUGACUAUUUUGCAUAUUGGAAUUCCUCUUGCCAGAAAGCAUUCGGAACCAUUUCAAAAUAUGUGGCCAAAAUUGGCAGAUACUUUGGACGAUUUUUUGUUUCCCAAAAGCGCUUUAAAUUCAGAGAGAGGUGUCGAAGAAAUUCAAGCCGACGAGGCUGUUGAUUGUCAAGUUAUGGAACUUCUUCGAGAUGAAGUGCUGCCUCAUUCACAAAAUAUUCCUCAUCAAUUUAUACUUCGAGUUGUUAUGCUUUUAAAUAAAGGAUCAAUUCAUUCGGCAACGGCAACGAAUAUAGAGAAAAAUGGGGAGCCAAAAUUACGAGAAGAAUUUGCAAAGACGUGUUUUGAAACUCUGCUACAAUUUUCAUUGCUCGAUGGCUUGAGCAAUGAACUUGAAUCGAGUAGAGAAAAAUUGCCAGAGGACGAGGGCGGAAUUGCUGGAAGAUUAGCUGUCACAGCUCUUCUUCACAGGUUUCAGGAAGUUUUGAAACGUUACAUCGAUGAUGAGAAGAGAAGUGGGAAAUGUCCUUUACCCAGAUACAGAUUGUCAGAGAUUUCUUUCGUUUUAAAAGCCGUUGCAACUCUCGUUGUUUCUCUUAAAAAAGCACCUGCAAAUAAAGUUGAACGAUCAGUCUGGGAACAAUUGAUUGGCCUUUAUCCGUGUUUGGUGGAAUGCACCGUUGCCACUGCAUCUGGACCAGUUUCACGAUCACUACGGGAAGCAUUAAUGCAAUAUCAUGAUUUAUUGCGACCUCCUCCUUUAUCGAAUGCACCAACGUCCAAUGGUGUUUGACCAACACAUUCGAUUCUAUUAACUAGAAGUUUCCGUCAAUGUCCGUAACGCUAAAUAUUAUACAUUUAGAGCAGUUUGAAAAACUCUUUUUAAUGAAUCGAGAGUUUUCUGUUGUAUAAAUCAAUUUAGAAUUGAUAAUCGUCUGCUUUUAUAGAAUCUGUAUAUAUAAAUAUUUAUACCAAAACGUUAUUGCUGUCUCUCCUUUUUUAUGGGAAAUGCAAUUGUGUUAAAUGUGCUCUUUUUUUUAAAUGUGCUCUAUCAAAACAGAGAUCGAACUGAAUCAACUUUUUUAAAACCUGAUUAGAUUUAUAUAUAUAAAUAUUAUAAAAAUGUUACUAUAAUAAAAUUAUAACUAAGAAACCAAAAAAAAAAUAACAAUAGUAAUAAGACGAUAGAAUCUUAUAAAAAAAACUUGAUAAACUCUCUAACUAUAAAAAAAAUUCUAUAAUUCGAUUUAAAAAUUUGUAAAUCAGGUGUAAAGUUGAUUUAAUUUAAAAGCAGUAACAAGUAUUAAUUUUAUCUUUUUUGCAAUAACGAGCUCGCUUAUGAUAAAUUUUCUAAAAAAAAAAAACAAACAAUAACUAGUGUCUUCAGCAAUGAAUUGAUUAUCAAGUUGACUAACUAUGAGAAAAAGACUUGAGACCAUUUUACAAUAUUAUAUAUUAUAUAAAGUACAGGGAAGAAAACUCUUUCUUAUUAAUAAAUAUACUGUAGAGAAAAUUUACAUUCCACCAAAUAAGCUUCUUUUCAAUUUAAUUGUGAAUUAAAGUGUCUAUUGAGCUGCAUAAUGCAUGUUGGGAAAAAAAUAUUUAAAAUAAUUUCAACUAUUAUUAUUGCUAUUAAUAAUAUUACUGUUAAAAUUUAUUUCUAAUAAAAAUAAAAAAUGUUUACAAUAUUCGAAACAAAAAGGAACAAUCAAACAAUUUAUAAUAAAAUAUUAUUAUAAUUAAAUAAUCACAAAAAACAAAAAAUAAUAUUAAAACAAACAAAUUUUUUAUCGUUAAAUAUUAGUAUAACAAAAUUAAAAUCUUACUUUUUUAAUCGCCAUUUUAAAAUUAUGAAAUUUUAAUUUAAGUAAUAAUUUACAAAUUAUUAUACAUAUGAAAUUAUUUAUUUUCGAGCUGAAAAUAUUAUCUACAAUUAAUAACUUAAUAUUUAAUAUAAAAUUAAAAAUUAUUUAAGUUACAAAUUUAUUUAGUUAUAAAAUAAAUACAAAAAGAAAUAUUUCAGAAACGAAUAAACGAUUUUUAGUUUUUUUUUUAAAUUCGUUUUUGUAGUGUUAUUAAAUAAAUCAAAAAAGUAAAAAAGCUAUAUUGUUGAAAAAUAAAAUUGAAUAUUAUAACAAAAGAGGAAAUGGAAAAUAUCACAAAAGAAAAAAAUAUAUAUGAAAAAAAUUAUCGCAAAAAUAAAAUAGAUAUUAUAAAGAAAAUAAUAUUACAAUAAAUGAAAAAAAAAAAUGUAAAAUAUAUAUUUACAAAAAGAAAAAAAUAUAUUUUUAGUUUAAAAUUUCAAUGAUUGAAAAUAUUUUUCAAUAUUUUUUUUCUCCUUUCGCCCAAUAGACAUUUUAACAAUAUAUAUAUUAGAAAUUUUAAAUCAUGUUUUUGAAAAAAAAAUUAUAAUUAGCAAAAUAAUCAUAAAAACAUAUAAAUAUAUACAUAGAAAUAUAUAUUCUACAUUAAUUAUAAUCAAACUUUGAACAUAUUAACCGUGUAGUACAAUAAAUAAUUGAUUGUCGUGAUUUUUAUAUACAAAAAAAAAAAAAAAAUAGAAAAAAUGUUCAAGGUGUGUUUUGAACGACAAAUUUUCAUUUAAUUAUUCAACUUUAAAAGCACAUUUUUGCUAUUACUGAUUACAAUAUUUGAAAAAAUAAUCUAUAAUAUUUUGCUCGUUAGUUAAAAAAAAUCGUGCAAAUUAGUUUCUUAAGGAAUUGUUUCCAUAUUAUGUUUAAAUAGCUGUAAAUAAACAUUAGAAUGCGUGCAAUAAAUUAUAGUUUAUCGAGCUUUUUACUCUUAUGUAAAUAUCAAAAACGAAAACUACAGUUUCCAUCAAAAAUCGUUGUAGAAGAUGUGAUUGUAGACAAUUUUAUAAAUUUUAAAAUAAUGUUCAUCAUUUUAUUCGUAAGAAGAGGAUGCUACUGUAAGAAUGUAAAUAAAAUAAUAAUUGAAUAAGAAAA